GAAUAUCCAGUUCCUGCAACUGCAAAAGAUGGUAGUACUCACAACACACUCACUCACCACAUGCACAGCUCUGACCAGUGACCACCCCUAAACCCUACUAAACCCUCCAUCGAUCUGUACUCUGUAGUCUGUUCCUCAUCACAACCAUUAACCGCGGUUGAUUACCCUGCCGUCCAUCCUCAUAUGGAGACCAUAAGUGGCGGUUAGCUCGGACACUAAUCGGUCCGUUCUUCAUUGUUCCUUUCAUAAAUGGUAAUGAGUAGUAACCAUUUCCGUGCAAUUGAAGGCGGCACUCGGUAGUCAUUUGUGGUGGAGGGUACAAGAUUGAAGGGACUGUAAGUAGCUGCUCACAUGGCCAGAACAGAGGAGGAAGAAAGAUGUGUGAGGCAGUGGAACAAUCUUCUACUAGCCUGCACUGAUGAAUACUUUGUGAUGAGUGAUCCAUCACAGUAACAUCAUCGCAAGAAUUCUUUCAGGUUUCCUCAGAGCCUCUGCUGCUUCAUUCUCCUUCCUCUGCAUCUGCAGCAGCUGCCAGUGCAAAUGCUUGAUGACGGCGGCGGCGGCGGGGCUGCAGGGUUGUAGGAGGCUGUAGAGCGUCUUGUCGGCGGAUGGGCAAGGCGGGGAGGUGGCUGAGGAACUUCUUCCUGCCGGGGAGGAAGGGGAGGAAGGGCAACGACCGGGCGGACACCGACUGCCAGUCGGUGCUGUCGGCGCCGUUGCCGACGCCGGCGGCGAGGUCGUCCGUGAGGGAGAAGAGGCGGUGGAGCUUCCGGCGGCCGGGGCCGGCGGCAGGCAAGGCCGACGCGGGCGCGUCCGGCGGCCAGGGGCCAGAGGGCCCGCUCGCGUCCUCGUCGUCGCACUGCUUCUCGGAGGCCGCGGUGCACGUCGUGGUGGUGCAGGACGACCAGCGCGCCGUCGCCGAGGUCGCGAACGCCGCCGCACCUGCGCCGGCGAGGGGCUGCGAAGAUGAGGAGGCCGCGGCGGCAAUCAGGAUCCAGUCGGCGUACCGAUCGUACCUGGCGAGGAAGGCUCUGUGCGCUCUGCGAGGGAUGGUGAAGCUGCAGGCGAUGGUGAGGGGGCAAUUGGUGCGGCGGCAGGCGAACGUGACGCUCCGGCGGAUGCAGGCGCUCGUCGACGCCCAGCGGCGCGCGCGCGCCGAGCGGUUGCGGCUGCUCGAGGAGGACGACGCCAGGCAGCAGCACGCGAACACCAACACCGAGCUGUACCAGAAGGUGUCGCCGACGCUGUCGGCGCUGACGGACGCGAGCGCGCGCACGCUCAGCGGCCGGUUCGACGACCCGUCCUUCAGCUCCGCGUGGGAGCCGACCCGGCGCGGGAACGCGGCGUGGCGCGCCGACCACCGCGCUUCGGCCCCGUUCGCGGCCGCGUCCCCGAACUACAUGGCGAACACGACGUCGUCGCGCGCCAAGGCGCGGCGGUCGCAAAGCGCGCCGAGGCAGCGCCCCUCGUCGGCGUCCGAGUCCGCGGCGGCGGCCUCGCCGUCCCCGUCGUGCUGCGAAUCGCGGCCGCCGAGCCGGGGCGGGAGCGGCGGCGCGCGGCGCAGGGCGUCGCUGGACCCGCUGGACCUGCCCCGGAGCUCCGCGGGGCGCAUGGAGCGGUGCCCGUCACGGGCGGUGGCGCUGGCCCGCGCGAGCGCCGGCGCCGGCGCGUCGCUCCCCGGCAGCGAGUGCGGGUCGUCGAGCACCGUCGGUCACCGUGGCAGUGCGCAGGGGGCAUGGCAUGGAUGACGAUCUGACCAGUCCUGGCGAGUGAGGAGAUUGUCUUUGAGGCUGUGUUUAGUUACCCCAACUCCUCCAAAUUUUCCAAAUUUUUUAUCACAUCGAAACAUUAAAUAUAGCAAAUGACACAUGCAUGGAGUACUAAAUAUAGGUAAAUAAAAAACUAAUUGCAUAAUUUUGAUGUACGUUGCGAGACGAAUUUUUUGAAUCUAGUUAGCCUAUGAUAAAAUAAUAUUUACCACAUACAAACGAAACGUGUUACAGUGUUUUUCGCAAACACUUUUCGCAUCUUUUUCAACUAAACACAGCUUGACAGUAGAAACUGACACGUCUGAGGAAUGGAACCUUCGAUCAUGGUGUGUUUGCGUGCCGGCUUUUGUCAGUGUGCAUGUUGGAGAUGAUUUUGUAUUUUUUUUUGUUCUUGUGGUGUGGUGAUUAUUUGGUAUUGGAGUGAGUGUGAUAACGUUUUUUUUUCAGUUGUGUGGUGCUUGGAAGUCCUUUUUUUUUCGACAGACAUCCAGUGCAGACUGAAACAAUCAAUUGUUUAGCAAGGCGCCAUUGGGCGCACAUGGUUUUUGGUUGACUUUAUUUGAAAAGGAAAGGAAAUUUGAUUGGAUUUUAA